UUUUAAAACUUGCGUUGGAAGUAGACAUGGUAGUUUCUGUUACGAACGAACGCUCGGCCCUUUUGUUUGUUUUACCUACAGGCAGCAGGAGAGGAACGAAGACAGCACUUCAGUUUGGACAAACGGAGGGGCUACAGCAGCGCGCAGUCUGGGAAAGUUUCAGAGAAAAGAGAACUUUGCCAAAGCUCUGGUGGAUUUGGCCGCUAAUAUUUGUUUUGGGAAGGGAAUGACUCUGUUUUCGCCCAAAAUAGUUUGCACCACAACCGGUUUUGAGGAGGCGGCAAGGCGCGGCGGCGGAUCCAGCAGCUGCAGCAGCAGCGCCAGGCUCACAAUGCGUCCCGAGUGAGCCGAGCAGCCAGGGAGACAAUACAGAUUCACGGCGGGCUUCAGUCCUUCUCCUCCGUCUUUGAAACCAGUUCCAGGGUGGACACCCCUUAAUCCGAGACUGAUUUAGAUUUUCCCCACCCUUGUCUGUGGAGUUGAGAUAAAGCUGAUCUCUCAACGACGACGACUGGUUCGAUCUCCAAACUCAGCCAUGACGUCUCCAGCUAAAUUCCGAAAGGACAAGGAGAUCGUGGCCGAAUAUGAAACUCAAGUCAAAGAGAUCCGUGCCCAGCUGGCAGAGCAGCUCAAAUGUCUGGACCAGCAGUGUGAGCUGAGGGUGCAGCUUCUCCAGGACCUGCAAGACUUCUUCAGAAAGAAGGCCGAGAUUGAGAUGGACUACAGCCGAAACCUGGAGAAGCUGAGCGAGAGGUUCCUCACUAAAACACGCAGCACCAAAGACCACCAGCUCAAGAAGGAGCAGAGCAUCUUAUCUCCGGUGAACUGCUGGAACCUGCUGCUGCUUCAGGUGAAGAGGGAGAGCCGCGACCACGCCACCCUGUCCGACCUCUACCUCAACAACAUCAUUCCCCGCUUUGCACAGAUCAGCGAGGAUUCGGGAAGGCUCUUCAAGAAGAGCAAAGAGAUUGGAACCCAGCUGCAAGAGGACCUGAUCAAAGUCCUUAAUGAGCUUUAUGGGGUGAUGAAGACGUAUCACAUAUACAACACUGACAGCAUCAACGCAGAGUCCAAGCUGAAGGAGGCGGAGAAGCAGGAGGAGAAGCAGAUGGGCCGCUCCAGUCGGCAGGAGGACCGCCAAACGCCGCGUUCCCCCGACACGCUGGCCAGCAUCAAGACUGACGAGAAACCCGUUCGACGCUCCAGCGUCAAAAAAAUCGAGAAGAUGAAGGGGAAGAGACAAGCCAAGUACACGGAGAACAAACUCAAGGCCAUCAAGGCCAGGAACGAGUACCUCAUAGCGCUUGAGGCCACCAACAGCUAUGUCUUCAAAUAUUACAUCCAUGACCUCUCCGACAUCAUCGACUGCUGUGACCUGGGCUACCAUAACAGCCUGCAGCGGGCGCUGAGGACCUACUUAUCUGCAGAGCAGAAUGUGGAGUCGUCCAAACACUCUGGCUUGGAGGCUCUGGAAGGAGCAGCUGAGAGUCUGGAGGCCAACGGGGACAAACAGAAAGUGAUGGAGACCUACAAUAACAUUUUCUGUCCACCAGCUCGCUUUGAUUUCCAGUCCCACAUGGGAGACACGAUGGGGGUGAUGUGUGCACAGCAGCCUCUGGAUGUUGAGCUGAACCAGAGGUGUCAGCAGCUGCAGCCGCGGCUCUCCACUCUGAAGAUCGAGAACGAGGAGGUGAAAAAAACAAUGGAGGCCACUCUGUCCACCAUCCAAGACAUGGUGACCGUGGAGGACUUUGACGUCUCCGAGUGCUUUCACCACAGCAACAGCAUGGAGUCUGUCAAGUCCACCUUCAGCGAAUCAUAUUUGAGCAAACCCAGCCUGGCCAAGCGGCGAGCCAACCAGCAGGAGACGGAGCAGUUUUACUUCACCAAGCUGAAGGAGUUUCUGGAUGGUCGGAGCCUGAUCACCAAGCUGGAGGCCGAGCAUGACCUGAUUGAGAAGACCCUGGGAGAAAGUCAGAAAACUGACUGUUGCCUUGCCAGUGGCAGGAGAAACUCAACCGUACGGAAGCAGGACUCAGGUGAAGCCAUUCCUCUCAUGGUUGAGAGCUGCAUCCGCUUCAUCAGUCGCCAUGGUUUGCAGCACGAGGGGAUCUUCAGAGUGUCGGGCUCUCAGGUGGAGGUUAAUGACAUCAAGAACGCCUUUGAGAGAGGUGAAGACCCGCUUGCAGAGGAACAGAAAGACCUCGAUCUAGAUUCUAUUGCUGGCGUUCUGAAGCUGUACUUCAGAGGACUGGAUCAUGCCCUGUUCCCAAGAGAAGUCUUCCAUGAUCUUAUAUCCUGCGUCUCAAUGGAGAGCCUCCAGGAGAGAGCGGUCCAUAUUAAAAAAGUUCUGCAAUCACUGCCAAGUAAAACCCUCGUCAUCAUGAGAUACCUGUUUGCCUUCCUCAACCAUCUGUCUCAGUACAGCGAGGAAAACAUGAUGGACCCCUACAACUUGGCUAUCUGUUUUGGUCCCACCCUGAUGUCUGUCCCUGAGGGCCAUGAUCAGGUGUCCUGCCAGGCGCACGUCAACGAACUCAUCAAGACCAUCAUCAUCCACCACGACACCAUAUUUCCGGGGCCACCAGACCUGCAGGGCCCCAUCUACACCAUCCCUGGAACGGGAGAGGACUUCUGUGACAGUCCUCACUGUGAGCCCCCCCCUGUGAAAGAACCGGCACCAGACACUGUUUCUGUCGGCCCCACCAGCGAAGACGGCUCCUUCCGUGUUUCAGAGUCUGAGCCCGUUGAAGCCAUCGCCAAGUUUGACUACACUGGCCGCUCCAGCCGGGAGCUGUCUUUCAAAAAGGGGGCUUCUCUGUUUCUGUACGGACGGGCCUCCAGCGACUGGUGGGAGGGGCGGCACAACGGCGUGGACGGCCUGGUGCCGCAUCAGUACAUCGUGAUCCAAGAAACGUCGGAUUUGGGAAGAGGAAGUCCAAAAUCUGAAGUGGACGGCCAGCUGGAGGAGAGGGUGUCUACUCGAGGCAGCGUGGCUGACGUCUACCUGGCCAACGUGAACAAGUUGAGGAAACGGGCCGAGCCUGGAAACAUCAGGAGAACCAUCCGCUCGGAGACGGACUGUCCGAGCGCCGGAACCAGCGGCAGUGGGGCAGGAGGAGCAAGGACGCCCUCUCUUUCUGUGGGUGGGGCUCCAGCAAAAGAUGCAGGAGACAAGCGACCAAUCAGCACUCACAACAUCCUCAACUCUGUCACUCGCCACUCCUCCCUCAAAACAAAGGUGGAGAGCCCACAGCUGAGGAAGACAACUCCUGCAGGACGCUCCAAGAGCUUCAGCAACCACAGGCCGCUGGACCCCGAGGUUUUCACCCAGGUGGAGCACAGCUCGCAGGACAUGCAGGACGCUGCCCUGACUGAACUCAGCAAGCUGGAGAGGCAAAGCGCCGCAAAGCACACGCACGCACCCGACGUGGUCCUUGACACGCUGGAGCAGCUAAAGGGCAUGGGCUGUGGUGGUGGGGGUGGGGCAUCUGAGCCCUCCAGUCCCCUCCACUCCCGCCUGCUGCGGGACAACGAGGGGUGCUCCUCCCACGUCCAUCCGCUUCAGAGGAGCGCCUCCUCGGCCAGCGACGUGCCCUCCUCCUUCCGCCCCAACAAGAGCCAGCCGCGGAGCCCCCUGCCCUCAGCCACGUCCCCCUCCCUGUCCUCCUCCUCGCUCUCCUCAUCCGUGCCCUCCUUCAGGGAGCCGCGCCCCCCAGCGACCAGACCCAAGCCUGUGGUUUUCCCAAAGAGCCCAGGAGGGAGCAGCAGUCCGGCCAUGGGCUCCCCGACCUCCACCUUCCCCCCCGUGUUGCCGACUUCCCCCGCCAGCCACACACACUCUCUUCCACACACCCCACCACCCCCACCUCCACCCCAAUCUAAUGACAAAUCCUGCUCGGCUUAAAUCCCCAAAAUAUGAAUCUUUACAUUUUAUCCUAAAAGUCUCUUCAUAGUCUUACAAACAUUUUUUUUUUUAAUUUGGUACCAAAGCUGGCCUAUUUGGACCCCAAAUCCAUCAAUCACAUCUUUGAGUCCAGAUAAAUUUGGAAGAUUUUCUCUUUUGUGCCAAGAUGCUGCCCCCGUCUGGCAGCUCUGCUUUACUACAGGUCUGUUUUAUCAGAGCAAACUUCCCAAACUUUGUUUUUUUUCUUUCACAAGAAAACAAACCUUCAGGGUGGGGACCGACAGAUGUGCAGCACCUAGAAUUUCCAUACUGGAACUUGUGAUGGUUAGAAAUGAACACAAAGAUCUGAAGCAAAAAGCACUGUUUGAAUUUUUGUGUAGAAGAAAUUACAGGGAUUGUCGUUUCCUUCGUUUUUCUCAGAACCAAUAGUCGCGUUAGACUUCAGCGGGGGGGAAAUAAAACUGUGAAUGGCAUAGCUCUUUUUCUUUUUUUUUCUCUUAGAAAUGAAACACUCAGAGUUGCUGCUUUAAAAGUGACAAACCGGUGUUUGGUGUGAAUUUCUGGGAUGUUGGGAGAAAAGAAAAAUGGAUCCAAACCCAAAUGUGAGUUGUGUGACUUGGAGCAUUAUUUGAACUCUUGUUCCAGCCUUUUAUUUGUUAGUAUUUUUCUUAAGUUGCUUUUUCUUGUAGCUAAAAAAAAAAUAACAUGUUACUAACGUGGGAACAGAUGUUCCAGUUAUAUUAUAGCAAUAAAACAGUGAGAGCUGGCGGUUGUGGCAUUAUGCUGCUUUUCUCCUGCAGCUUUAAUGUUUAUUGGGGGUUCCGGCAUUUUUUGUUGUUGUUAUGGGAUCAUAUACACACGUGCACGUUUUUUCCCUUCAAUGUGUGUGUGGUGUUUUGUGGCAGCUAAAACGCCUUGCAGGUUUUCCUUGCAUGCUGGAGUCAUGCCCAGCAGCACCACUUUGCAUUAGCAGCAGCUGGAAAAGAAGUCAGACACAGCAACACUACAAAAAUGUUCUUCGCCAUUGACAGUUAAAAUACUGUAUAUUUAACAAUCAUGAGAAUAACUGGAAGCGUGCACCUGAGGAUCUUCUCCUGUGUAGAUAAAACGCACAACCAACCACCUCAUUUGUUUGUUUUUUUUUGCCUUCUUGGAUUUCGUUUUUCAAAACUGCCAGUUUUUGUUUUUUUUUCUUCCAGUAACCGAUCUGUAUGGUGGAUGUCUUACCCCAGGACUAAAAUGUGCUCGAACUCAUGGUGCUCGAAAGCAAACAGGAAGUCCAGGAGCCAUGAGGGUCUUCUCAGAACCGCAGCUUCAUGCGUUGAGUUUAAAAACCAAAAAAAUAAAUAAACUUAGGGAGUAGCUGUUCGUUCCAUCAAGUUUUGGGGGUAGAAAGACACAACUUGCAUCUAAUGAUAAAUUCAAAUAUCCAAAAUGCCAACACUGAUUUUAAAAACUGGUCUCAUGCCAUUCAGGUUAAACUGAACAAGGUGUCUUUUUUUCUUGGAAAAACACAGCAGACUCUGUAUUUCUGUAAAGAGCUGUGAGUUAUUUGGUCUUUUUCUUUUCUAAUCUCUGUAUAGCUUUUGUGCAUACCUGGUGUAUUUGUGUUACCUCAUCACCACAACUGGAGGGAGCUCGUGUGCUGCGUUCGAGGCACACAAAUAGACUUGCAUGUGGGUGGUUGGUGAGCGGGUUCCAGUUUUGCUGUCAGAAGAAGCCGGAACCUUCUCCUAUAUCUCGACUCAAUCAUUGUGCACUUGAACAACUGGGCUUGCAUGUGGACUAACUGUGUGAGGAUGACAUGUUGACUAUUGUUAAGUAUGCAUUUUUUGUGUGUGUGUGUCUAUUUGAAAGAGCAGAACUAAAAAAGGAAAAAAGAAAAAAAAAAAGACUAUAAUGUCAGAUCUAUUUAUAGUUGUCUCUGUAUUACUGGAGAGUUCCGUGUUCAGAUGUACUGUGUAUAUACAAUGUUGUACAUUACAGAGGUACACUUUUUUGGUACAAUAUUGUACAGUAAUAGCAAUAGUAGCUUAAUCAAAUAGGCCUUAUAUAAUUCUAUGUGUAGUUCUUGUAGUAAAUCUGUUUUUUAAUAAACACGCCUUGCUAUAAAGA